AAUACAUUUAAUUUCUUCUGGCUGCACGUGUAGAAGGCCUGCGGCACAUACCGUCAUGGGGAAAUCCAAACAAACAGGAAAUCACAAGAAUGACAAAAUGAAGAACAUCGCGAAGAAGUGGAAAACAAAGCGAAGGACCAAAGACUUGGACCAGAUCCACUCGGACAUGAAGCCAGAGACAGCAGCCAAACUGCUGCAUCAGGAGGUGGACCUGGACGUGACAGGAUGUGCUCAACACUACUGCUUACACUGCGCGAGGUAUUUUGUGGACAUGAGGGCUUUGAAAGAGCACUUCAAGACUAAAGUGCACAAGAAACGGCUGAAGCAGCUCAGAGAGGAGCCCUACACUCAGGCCGAGGCAGAGAGAGCUGCAGGCAUGGGCUCCUACAUCGCUCCGAAAGCUGUCAACGUGACGACGCAGCCGGUGGAGGAGGACAUGGACUGAAAGACACCCGCUUGAAAUCAAGAACUAAUUAACUCCAAAACGGGUGUUUAGAAAAAUUCACGCUUCAGUUAUUUGUUAAUGUCACAAUUCCGGAUGCUUUGUGACAAAAAAAUGGUUGUAUUUCAGCCAGAUGUUCUUGUGUAAAUACACAACGGUAAAAUUGUGUGCAAUAGUAAGAAACUGGAUGCUUUAUUUACCUAAGAGUAAUACGCAAGUUCAAUAUGUCAUCAACUUCAGAAAGGACAGAUUUGAGUUUCAGAUGGAGGUUUCUGUUGGUGAAUGCCUCUCCUCUCUAUUCGACAGCCCCCAAGUUGACAAAACAGGAAAGAAUAACAAAAAGUAAACUUAAUGCCUCAGCCACGUUUUCGAUGUAAAUGUCAAAAUAAACUUGAUGUGCUCAAGUUACUCUAUG